AUGUCCUUCACAGAGGGUGAACUGAUAUUUGAACAAGGCGCUUGGCGUGAUUCACGCUGUGACUCGCUUUCGCUAGAGUGUGGACGUUCCCUUGAGAUAGUUUUGGCAGGGGCAGGCCGAUCAAGGGCUUGCGACAAGCUGCUUGCUUUGAGUGCUUUCGCGGACGGCAUAGACGACGGCGUGCAAUCUGGCCACAAGAGAAACCUUCAGGUGUCGGUCAUCAAGGAUGGCAAGGAGGAGACCCGACUCACUGCAAAUACAGACACGGCGUCUCAUUUCGGGGAGCGGGCGCUUUUGAACAACGAGCCGCGCGCCGCCACCAUCAAGGUAACGUCCACGCUGGCCAAGACCUUGCGCCUUGAUCGAGAGUCUGGACCUGAGCUGUCAAUCGGCAGAAUUGUGCAGUCCACCGGAAGGCCCUAUGAACCCGUUAGUGACCCUGAGCAGCCCUCAGUGGUGGCUCCAGCGUGCUUGGUGACUCGCCCAGGCAUUUUCAUCGGCGUUGACAAUCGCAGUGUGGUGGCACCUGGGGCCCGUGGGCGGAUGUCAGUGCGCUUGGAAUCAACUGCUCGCUACAACGAUGGCCUGUUCAUCAUCUCAUUGGAGCAUGCACCGACAGGUUGCGGUAGCUGGCCCGCGUUCUGGAUGUUUGGCGAGGAUGCGGACCACGUUUGGCCAGAGUGGGGCGAGUUUGACAUCAUGGAGUGGAUUCAUGAAGAGGAAGAAGUUUCUACAACAUUGCACACAAAGGAAAAUUGUACACAAGAGCAUCUCUAUCCAGGAUGGCACAUGAAGGGAAAGUGGAAUAAAGGGAAAUGGAACACCAACAAUGCCCACGACUGUUAUGUGCAUGCAGAUGGCCAGUGGACGAAUCAGGGCUGUUCCCAGCGAGGUCUGCAUGGAUCUGUGGGUCCAUCGUUCAAUGCGGCGGGUGGUGGUACCUACGCUGCUGAGUGGGACCCAGUUGCAGGCCACAUGCGGGUUUGGGUAUGGCACUCGGGCCAGGAGCCCGCAGAUGUGAAAAGCAAGAUGCCUAACCCAAUGUUGUGGGGCCAGCCCGAUUUCUACUUUGCCUUGAGCGACAAUUGCCACCCACUUCACUUCAAGAACAUGAAGCUGGUUUUCGAUAUCACAUUUUGCGGUGACCUUGCAGGGCCAGCAACGUUCAAGCAGCAUUGUGGCAAGAAGAAGCGUGGAAAGAAGCAGCGCAAGUACAAAGACUGUGUUGCCUUUGUGCGAGAUGAGUACGAGGAGUUCUACGAUACCUACUGGUCGGUGCAGGCGCUUGACGUUUACCGCCGAACGGAUAUCAGUUCUUCUCCAGAGCUCGCUGGUGUGCAGACUGAUUUGAGACAAUGCAGGUCUGAGCACACAACCAAGUUGCAGAAACGCAUCCAGGAGCCACAGCUGAUUCAGGCUGCUUUGCGUCCCAGAGUAACUCAUCCUGAGCUACAGGAGCUUGAAAGCAUCCUCUUCAUGAAGGAUGCGGAGCUGCGGGAGCUUUACGCGUCGCUGAAGGCCCGUGAUGUCGAUGGACUCCUAGCACUGGAUCAACACGGCCCCCAUUCUCCACGGCCGAUGUUGCUAUGCUUGGAGUUUGUUGAAGCUGAUCUGAUCCGCAGGAAAGAUUUGAAACCAGUUGGCAUGCUGGGCUGCGGUGGCUUUGGCUCCGUGGAGCUUGUGGAGUACCAGCUCACCGGUGAGACGUAUGCUUUGAAGGCCGAGUUGCAACGCUUUGAACUUGCACGGUCCAUUUUGCACCGAAGUUCUCUCUACUUCCUCUUGGAAGCGGCGCUGGGUGGGGAGCUCUAUGCUACGUACAACAAGAAAGGCUUCUUUGGCAAGGAGAACUUUGCCCGCUUCUACACGGCUGGUGUUGUCAUGGCCUUUGAGCACUUGCAUGGCAAAAAGAUCCUGUACCGUGACCUGAAGCCGGAGCGGCCUUGCGAUAUCUUGGGACUUGCUUCCACGUUCUUGUUGAUGUACCCGUGCCGCCGCGCUGCGCUCGAGCAGGAACCAGCUCUAUUGGUAGAACCUUGCAGGGCUAGGUCGCCGGGCUCAAUGGCACUGGCAGGGCUACCGGAGGAUCUCAUCUACAAGAUCCGUACGGCCAAGCCCAAACCCAAAGCCAAGCCUCCAAGCCACUCUGAGUUGGACUCCGAAAACACGGAUCGGCAGCUUUUGGCGCGGCUUGCCAGCUUGGCGCCCUUGAUCCAUGCGAGCACAGUGGCUGCAAAGAGUCUCCAGCAGUUGGCAGAUGGCUUUCACCGUAGCACUCGGAGCAUUGGGGCAGAUGCAGUCUUCUUGCGGCAGUUGCAGGACAACGAUCCUCCCAUGGCGGCUGCGAGCAAAGGCAUGAUCGACUCCUUUGGGAGCUUUGGAGAACUCUUCUCAGAGCUGUCUGCGCGAAUUCGAACGGAUCUGAUCUCUCCCAUGGAGGCCGUACAGAACAACUUGAAGGAAGCUUGCAUGGAUGAACGGAUUCAAAUCAAGGAACUUGAGCAACAAGAAUCCGUAUGUGCACAAGCAGUUCGGGAGGUGGCUCGUCGGAAAGAGAAGGCCAGUGCAGAACUUCAAGCAGUUGCAAGUGCUGAAGGCAAGAGGAGUUGGUUCCGAUCGUCUCAGAGUGCUCGCUUGGAAGAGCUUGCAGCCAUGCAAACGGCUGUGGUGGAGGACCUGGCUUCCAAGAUCGACCAAGAAGCCGCCGUGAAACGGAAGAAGGAGCAAUGCGUGGGAAGAUUCAAAGCUGCUCUGAAAGAGGUGGAUCAAAGUUGCCUGGGACAUUUGCAGAAGCUCUCCGAGGAGUUCCGGGUCAUGUGGAUUGAGACCGGGCAGCGCUUGGCAAACAUCGCCGUGGGGAAAGAGUGGAAAGAUGUGAGCCCCGACCAUCGGCCCGUGCGGUCUUAUCUGCCACCCCAUAGGACGGUUCCAGUUCCGGAUGCAGACCAAGCUGCAGGGGCAAUGGACCGACUAGCAGCAACAGAUCUAACCACAAACAGGAUCGAGCUGGAGUUGGACCGAAAAGAGAGUAAAGCGAGAGGAGAGAAAGCUGAGAAAGUCGAUAAGACUUUGGAAACACCAAAAGGAAGUUCUGGAAAGCUGUCUAGGCAAUCAAGCCAAGGAAGCCAAGAGCUUCAGAUUUAUGCAGCUUCUCCGCACCACCUCGCACCUGCGGUCCCCGCUGAUCCUGCCGCGCCUGGGCGUGCCGCCCCGGAGUCUGAGAAUGUCUCAGCAGCUGAUGAGACGGAGAAGGUGAUGCCUGUGCAGUCUCCCGAGGUCUUUCCUGCCUCCGUGACCCUGCAGUUCGGCGAGCAUGUGCGCAAGCUGGGUUUUGAGGUUUUAUGGGAGACCGAGCGGCCCUCGGUGGGCACCGUAAACCCCAGUGGCGAGGCUGAGAAAUUGGGCAUUUGCUCGGGCAGCGUGCUCCUGGAGAUCAACGGAGCUCCUACACUGGGCCGUGCCAGGGAUGAGUUGAUGCCGCUGCUGAAGUUGAGACCUUUAGAGCUCCGGGUGUUGCACCCUUUCUACAAGGGCUUCGAUUGGAAUGCCUUCGAGACUAUGAGGAGGAAGCGGGACGGGCAACAAGCAGGCUACAAUGCCAGCGGUGUGGCUGAAAGUCAGGCGAAGAAGUCUGUUUUAGAACAGAGCUCUUUGGACGAUUUCAUUGCCAAGGAAGUCAUUUACAAAUCCAGCCUGGACCCUGCAGAGACUCGAGAGAAGGAGAUUGCGGCGAGGAAGGUCGUCGUGCCCAUUCCAUGGAGGCCUUCCUGGAAGGAGGCCGCCAAUGGAGAUGAGCUGGCUGCUGCGGAGGGUCAAGCCUUUCUGUCGUGGAGGCGUGGCCUGGCCAAGAUGGAGGAGGAGGAUGGAAUGAUUCUAACGCCUUACGAGCGAAACUUGGAAUUCUGGCGGCAGCUCUGGAGAUGUGUGGAGCGCAGUGAUGUCUUGGUUCAGAUCCUCGACGCUCGUGAUCCAGAGUUUUACAGAUGUAAAGACCUGGAGCGCUACAUUGAGCAAUUCGCAGGCAAGCGGCACUUGCUGCUGUUGAACAAGGAGCCGGAUUUCCUGUCAACUCAUCAGCGUGAGAUGUGGGCCUCCUAUUUGGCGGAUCUUGGUGUUGAGGCGAUUUUCUUCUCGGCGCUUCGGGAGCUGCACCGACAACAACGCGCCGCCCCCGCCCCGAGCGAGGCCGAAGAGGCCGGCGAGGCGGCCGAGGCCGCCAGCGAGGCCGCCAGCGAGCCCGGCUCGGAAGACUCCGAGGCCACGCCCAGCGAGGCCAGCGGGCCCAGUGGGCCCUCCAAACGACUUCCACCACACGGGUCCCUGGAAGACGACAGAGAUGUGGUCGAUUGUGCCAAGCUGAUGGCAGAGCUUCAGAGUCGACUGCGAGGCCGCAAAGGCGUGGUGGGCUUCGUGGGGUAUCCGAACGUCGGAAAAAGCUCCGUGAUCAAUGCACUCUUUGGAGCCAAAAAGGUGUCGAUGAGUCGAACACCUGGGAAGACGAAGCAUUUGCAGACCUUGGAGCUUGCAGACUCCAACAUCACCUUGUGUGACUGUCCAGGUCUGGUGUUUCCUUCCAUUGUCGCAACUCGAGCUCAUUUGGUGAUCAAUGGAACAGUUCCACUGGAUGAGCUGAAGGAUUUCAUCGCCCCUGUGAGUCUCAUCGUUCAAAAGAUCGGGGCAGAGGUCAUCCUGAAGAGGUAUGGAGUCAGUGCUGCUGAAGUGAAAGAUGGAGUGAUUCGAAGAGGAGUCGGCGAGACUUCGGAUGAGCUGGCUCAUCAGGUGCUUUGUGGGUUGGCGACCCACCGGCACCACUUUCUCCGAGUGGGUGUCCCAGAUGAGACCUGGGCCGCUCGGCGUGUCUUGAGAGACUACUGCACUGGGCAGCUGCUGCACUGUGAGCUUCCUGAGGGUGCAGGCCAACAGGAAGCACCCAAAGACUCCAUUGAGGAGGGUUCGGACUCAGAUUUCAGUGAUUUGGACAACUUCCUGGACAAUGGCAGUACUACGGGGCAGAAAAUGACCAAGCGCAAGAUGCGUCAUCUCCAGAAGCAGAUGGCCAAAGGCGGCGUUAUCGCCCCUCAAGCGCUGGAAAAGGACCGAAAAGCAAAAUAUGUUGGAAAGAACAUUCGUGGCAAGACGGUGCUGGGCUGA